CACGUGACCGGAAGUAUAGUGCAGCCCAGAGAAGUACGCCGGUGCUGACAAUGCCGUCAGUCGCCGGUUUUUAACUAAGCUUUACCGACGGUGUGUUUUACGUUUGUUAGUGUUCGUCUUUUAGUGUCUUUGGCGUCAUGGCUGUUAGAGCUGCUGCGGAAGGUUUGACGUGGCGCCGCUUGAGUUGUUUACGCCUGCAAAGUGUCAUGGCGGCCAUCAGCAGGCGACAGUGCAGCAAAGGGACAACCCAGCCGGACAAACUACACAAGAGGUCAAAAUUCAGGCCUACGCCCAGCCCCACACACGACUGGAUCGGUCCACCAAACCCACUAUCCAACCUGCGACCCGUCGUCUACCGCAUCCCCGAGAACGAGUCAGAGCUGGAGGAACGCCUGAGGACUCUGAGGCAGGACACCGAGGACUGGAACCACAAUUUCUGGACUAAACAGAACCUCAACUUCAGCAAGGAAAAAGACACUUUCAUUGCCUCCCAGCUGAGGGCCAAAGGCAUGUCUGAGCGGGAUGAGCAAGGACGACGUCGCACUCUAAGCAGUGAAGAAAUGGCCGUGUUCUAUAAAAAUUUCUUGGACAAAAACCGAGAGCGACACGUUAUUUACAACAAGAUGCGUGAGGACAUGUCCACCAUGGUGUGCGUGAAGGCGGAGGAGGACCCUGGUGAGAAGCUGUCCCAGGAUGAGAUCAUCUCCCGCACCAAGCAGGUGAUCCAGGGCCUGGAGGCCUUGAAGCAGGAACACCACUCGAUCCUGGAGGGCUUGCUGGGAACGCUGCGCUGCCUAAAGCAAGAUGAGGAGGGUGUGCUGGUGGAGGAGAAGUCACACAUGAUUCGCAAGUCCCUGGAGAUGCUGGAGCUUGGGCUUAGCGAGGCACAGGUGAUGAUGGCUCUGUCCAGCCACCUGAGCUCGGUGGAGUCGGAGAAGCAGAAGCUUCGGGCUCAGGUGCGCCGCCUGUGUCAGGAGAACCAGUGGCUGAGAGACGAGCUGGCCGGGACCCAGCAGAAGCUGCAGAAGAGCGAACAGAGCGUGGCUCAGCUGGAAGAAGAGAAGAAGCACCUGGAGUUCAUGAACCAGCUGAAGAAAUACGACGAAGACUUGUCUCCCUCCGAAGAGAAAAACUCAGAAUCCAGCAAAGAGACUCUGGAUGAUCUCUUCCCAGAUGACCAUGAUGACCAAGGUCCAGGCAUCCAGCCAGCCCAUGGCAGUGCGGCUGCAGCCGCCGCCCAGCAGGGUGGCUACGAGAUCCCGGCCCGCCUGAGGACCCUCCACAAUCUUGUGAUCCAGUAUGCCUCCCAGGGCAGGUAUGAGGUGGCUGUGCCUCUCUGCAAACAAGCCCUGGAGGACCUGGAGAAGACGUCUGGACACGACCACCCGGACGUGGCCACCAUGCUGAACAUUCUGGCCCUCGUCUACAGAGAUCAGAACAAAUACAAGGAGGCCGCCAACCUGCUGAAUGAUGCCCUGGCCAUCAGGGAGAAGACUCUGGGCCGGGACCACCCCGCUGUUGCUGCCACCCUCAAUAACCUGGCCGUGCUGUAUGGGAAGAGAGGCAAGUACAAGGAGGCAGAGCCUCUUUGCAAGAGAGCGCUGGAGAUCAGAGAGAAGGUGCUAGGAAAAGACCACCCGGACGUGGCCAAGCAGCUCAACAACCUGGCGUUGUUGUGCCAGAACCAGGGCAAGUACGAGGAGGUGGAGUACUACUACAUGAGAGCACUGGAGAUCUACCAAACCAAGCUGGGGCCCGACGACCCCAACGUGGCCAAAACCAAGAACAACUUGGCCUCCUGUUACCUCAAGCAGGGCAAGUUCAAGCAAGCAGAGACUCUUUACAAAGAAAUCCUCACUCGGGCCCAUGAGAGAGAGUUUGGCUCUGUUGAUGGUGAGAACAAACCAAUUUGGAUGCAUGCGGAGGAGAGAGAGGAGCAAAGCAAGGGGAAGCAGAAAGAUGGCACGCCUUUCGGAGAGUACGGAGGCUGGUACAAAGCUUGUAAAGUCGACAGCCCCACGGUAACCACCACCCUGAAGAACCUGGGUGCACUCUACAAGCGUCAGGGCAAGUUUGAGGCGGCCGAGACUCUGGAGGAAGCAGCCAUGCGUUCUAGGAAGCAGGUGUGGCAUUUUUGUCACGUGGCCAAUAACAAGUUUGAAGGUCUGGAUACCGUGCACAAGCAGCGUGUGGCUGACGUCCUGAGUGAGCCGGAGGCCCGCGAGAAGCAGCGAAGCCGAGAGAGCUUGACCUCCGACACGGUCAAGUAUGAGAGCGGGCCUGACGGCGGCGAGGAAGCCUAAUUCCAGAUGCCUUCUAACGCUUCUAAAAGCUCGUCUUCUGUGACGGACGCCUCGCCUCAAAACACUUCUCCAGCUUUUGCCGUUUUCUUCACUUCUGACACGCCCCCCAACAUCUCCCAACCUCUUCCCACACCACCUCUGUCUAUCCUCUUCCACCUUCGACCUCUGUUGGGAGCUGUCAUGCCAGGGUGCUCAUUUUGCACCCGGCUACAGGACGUGUCUGAGGGUUUGGCUGUUGAUGGGACUUCUGACUUUGUUGUUGCUUUUCUUCAACUUUAGCUUCUUCUCUUCUUUCUCUCUUCAUUAUCUUCCUCUUGUGCAGGGGUGUCCAAACUUUUUCCAGUGAUGGUCGCAUACAUAAAAAUGAAAGGAUGGAGGGGCACUUUCACACAUUUUGUACAUUAAAGAUGCUAAAUGUAUAUGUUAAGCUAUCUGAACAAAAUAUUGUAGCUUUGGGUUAUAUGUGACAAAACAAAUUAGCAUAAUAUCGAACAAAUCAUCAAAAAUGUGUUUAUUAAUAGGCCGAGCUCCCAAUAAAGAAUUAGCUGCAGGCCACAAAUGAUGCUCGGGCUGCACUUUGAACAUCCCUGCUCUAACGUACAUACAUAGUGCUCACACAACACACACGUCAACCAGAUCUAUAUGUAGGUCCACUCAAACAUCAACUUCACACCCCAGUCAAAAGUCGGCCAAACCGAUGACAUCAUAGUCAUGUGACCAAUAAAGACUUAUCCUGCGUUCCAGUAAGUGAUGUUCUAUUGCAGUUUUUUGAGAAGUUCUCUCUUACACACUAGAGUCAUUCGUGGUGUCUGUAAAUUGAUAAAUCAAGGCACUGUAGAUAUUUAAACUAAACGUAACAUGCGUAAAUGGUGCUUAGUGUGUCUCAUGAAGAGGUGAAAGGUCACAGUAGUUGAGCUUCGGUUUGCUUGUGAUUCACAUGAAGCUUUAGUAUCGUGCAUGCCCAUGUUCAUUCUUUCCCCCAGAGCUGCAAUCUAUUUGUGGUAGUGGAUUGGGGGUGGGAUAGUAGGCUGCAUGACGUCAUUGUCGAAUUUGCAUAAUUGGCCAUGACGCAUGUGCAUGUCACUUUUGCGGACGCUGUGGGAGACAAAAAGUGAGUUAAUAAAACAUGAAAAGCAAAAGCAAUAUGUUUAAAAAUAGAAAUGAAAUUCUUUUGUCACUUUUUUGUGUGUGUUGUUUUGUUUGUUUUUUUAAAUGUCGCAACCAAGAUGGAAUUGGCUGUGAGUGCUUUUCGACGGAGGAUGAUGGGGCCUACAGCAGCACCGGCUGCUCAUUGAGAAAAGUGAUACAUGCUUUCAUGUUAGCCUGUCCUAAAGCAGUGGUCCCCAACCUUUUUUGACCCACGGAGCGGCUUGUGCUCCCACAAAUCUCCCUGGGAGAGGGGGGGUUUCGUACAUUAUAGCCAUAUAAUUUAUUUAUUAUGUAUUGUGUAAAACUAAGACAUGAAUAACAUCACAUUAAAAGCACAAAGUGAAUGCCGACCCACCAUCCACCAGUUCAAGUUCCAGCCAAGUUUUUCCAGAGAGAUGAUUGCAUCGCUGUUUGACGUGUGUGGUAAAAGCUAGCUAGCAUGAAUUAACUUAAAAAAAAAUGUACACAUUAGCACUCAAUAAGUCAUCAAAACUUACCUUCAUGCAUUCCCACAUAGUAUCAGCAUUUCACACCAAAUAUGAGGUGAAAGAAAAAUGGUAAAAAUACAGUAGUACUCUUAUCUGUGGGGCAUUUGAUAAAGUUAGCACACGCACAGUGGAUAUGGCUUCAAGUGAGACGGAUGUAAUAGAGAGAAUCCGGCCACUUUUCAAAAUAAAACAUUAAAAAAAAUUAAAUAAUGGAAAUUGUUUUUUCUUUCUGUGCGGCCCGGUACCAAAUGACACACGACCCGGGGGUUGGAGACCACUGUCCUAAAGCGUCCAGUAAGACCAGAAAAAGUCUCUAGAUUCAGUUGCUAGUCGCUUUUUUGAAACAGAAUUCAGAGGUCUGAAUACUUGAAAAAUGUAGCAACAAAGUCACUAAGUGGGCAACACUGAUCCCUCCUGCUACGUAAUCUAUGGUAGACCAGGUGCAUAGGAGGUUUAAGAAGAGUUACGAUGCCAACUACUGUACGGAGCUACGUUCUCUAGACAGUCCCAUUGUGAUGUGUUUGAGCGAGGGCGAACAGGAAGCGCAAAAUCUGUUGGCCGCCACAAAUAAAUGAUUGCAGGAAAGACACUGAUGUCCUGUAUAUGACUGUAUAUAGACAUUUUGGUUGGGGGAGUAUUUGAACAUGUAAAGGUCCACUGGAUGAAAGUACGUCAUGUGUUAUUCUACUUCUAUGUCUGUGAAUAUUCUCAGUCAGGCCAUUGUAUUGUCAGGGCAUGCAAAUCGAUGGCAACAGGACUGUUCAGGUUGGCUUGGAAAACGUUUUCUUUCUCAUUCGAGUAGGCUUCAUCAAUGCAUGCUCAACGACUAGGUGGGACAACUUUAGUCUGUCCAGAUAGGACAGGUCUAGUCUGAGGGGUUGGUGCAGGAUCCAAAGUAUUAUUACUCUGAAGGUAGAGGCAUGCCCAGACAAGAACGGUUUCUUUGUUGUGGUACAAAAUGAAUAUGCAAUGGAAUGGAGCCUCUGCCAGCCAAAGACCGUUAUUCCAGCCAAACGACGUUUGUGUAUUAACUUAUGAAGCCUGCUUGGAUGUAAGGUUGGGUAAUAUGGACCUUAGCAUGUAUCACGAUAUUUUAGGGCUGUAUCACGAUGAUGAUAUACUGUAAUUAAAUUCAGCAGAGUCUUGUAUAAAAAGCUACAAACCUUAACCCAUAUAAUUUAAAAAAAUAUAUAAAAAUUAAUUAAUUAAUAAAUUAAAAGUAAGCUUACCCAUGGCACUGUGUAGCAAGUGUCCAAAGCAAGCCGGUCUAUUCCACUUUCACAACAUUAGAUACACUGUCAGUAGUUACACAUACUUGUUUCUUCUCAUCUCAGUCCCAUUCCUGGAGAAACACCUUCAACUCACUUGCGAUGUUUUUACCUGUGUGUUCCUCUGGGAAAAACAACUAGUCUAGAGACAGGACGAUUUCAAAGUCUAGUCGCUGGUUAUAUAGUGAACCGUGAGGCUAAUAUAUAGGAUAUAAUAUAACACAGUAUAAUAUACAGUAAUAUAAUAUAUACUGCUCUACCGAAACCAAACCACUUCCAUAUUACAGAGGUACCGUACAUCCUCGUUUAGCAACAAUUUCUUUGUCUACAGUCUCUGCCUUCAGCUAUGCUAAUUGUCUCUCUUUUGGUUGUUUUGUUGUUUGCUCUGCUUUCUCCGUCACCACUGGACCAUUCUGUGGUAGAGGCACAGGCGUCAAAACAGUGAGCCGCGGCGCGCAGUCGCAGGAAAAACACGUCAUCAACUCGUUUGUUUAUUUCUGUUUUAAAAAUAUGACUUAUACUGGUAUAAGUCAUUGGAUGAGAGGUGAAACAUCCUCUAAGACAACCUGAACAGUCCAGUUGCUGUUGAUUCAAUGCCUUGAGUAUUCUACUUCUACUAAUAUCCCCCUGCUUGUGCUCUCUUCUGUGUGCAUCUUGUAAUAAAACUUGAACUUUCUGCUCACGUCAACUUUUUAAGUGUUAUGCUUCUUGGUAUGAGCUGCUUCACUCCUUCAGCUUUUAUGACACUUGUGUUUGCUUUUAAUGAACAUCUACACACUGCAAUUUUUGCAGUCGCUCCUCUACAGGGCAUCCCCCUUAUACAAUACAGUGGAACCUCAGUUUUUCCUCUUUGCUCGUUCCAAAAGGUCUGACGAAAACCGAUUUUUUUUUUUUCCCCCUCCCUAUAGGAAAUAAUGUAAAUCCAAUUAAUCCGUUCCAGACACUGAAAAAUAUGAACACAUUUUGAAAGAAUAAUUCUAGUUUUAAAUGCAAAAUGAUUAUGAAUGACGAAUGGAUGGAAUUCCUGUUGAGAUCAAAUUCAAUAGUGUUUCUCACCUUCUUUAUCAAAUUUCUGGCGCUUGCAACUUUCUUUGGCCCCACGGCGGCUUAUUUAGCAGCCACACUUAAUAAGAAAUGCAUGGACAGAGAGUCAGUAACACCUAGGGUGCUUUGUUUGCGCACUUCAUUUUGCACAACGAUACAGUACAGGGAAAACGGGCUAGUUUGUUAAUGGCAAUAUUGUACGAAAAACUGAGGAAAAAGUUUAGCGAAACGGUGUAGGAAAACCAAGAUUUGAUUGUAUGCUGUAAUACUCACAAGACGUUAGAGGAUGUUUCAGAUACAUUUCAGGAUGAACCUAAAAUGUACAACUGUAUAACCUUUACAGAUGAACUUCAUUUGAGAUUCUCUAAUUGAAUGGACAUGUCCAACAUGUUCAAUACUUAUCGCACAACUUGCGGUUCUCUAACAUAACAGUUGUGCAUAUCAGAGGCCACUGAUGUUGGACCUGUUGUAGUUCUUCCACAGUUGUACACUGGAAGAAUGAAGAUUCAGAUUUCCUAAGCACUCUAGCUCAACCUCUUAUUCAUUAAUUCAUCCUUAAGUCCCAAUACUUUUGUCAAUAUGGUGCACACGAACGGAUCAGAGACAGUUCUCAGUAUGAUUUAGAACAGUGCUGGUGUAACUGUGUGUGGCGUGUCC